AUGAAGAUGCUUCCGCCAAACGAGAAGUUUGCAACCAGCACAUACAACGAUCAUAUGCCCUACAAGGCUUACUUUCACUCGUUGCUAAAGAGUUCAGGGGCUUCAAGACUGGAACUUGUACGUGAUGAUGCGAUGAUUCUUGGAUCUGCUGAUCCAUUGGAGGACGCUCGAUUCCUUUUGAACCAUUGUGCUCCUCCAAAGGUAGACUCUGGACUACCAAGCCUUCCCAAUCGAAAACCAAGCGUCGAUAACUUGUUGCAGCUAUUGAGCCAAUCGGCUCCAAACGAGAUGCGAAUUGCACAUGGUGACACUUGUUGCUGUGAAUACCCCCAUCACGAGUGCUCCUCUUUCUCACCACGCACUCAGCGUCGUGAACAAACCAACCAAGGUACGAGAAAAUCGUGGCCUGGGUGCUCGGAGAGACCUUCCAUUCGAGAAGUCGCAACUCCAGAGGAGUGCGAUAUUCCUCCAACAGCUCCAACAAGGCGAAGGGAAAUGCCAGCUAGGAAUUUUAACAAACGGAAACACUGCCGGUGGAGUGCUUCCUCAGUCCCUGCUACAAAGGUCGGAUCAUGA